CUAUGUUUGAAGCCAGUGAGCAAGCAAAGGGUGCACAAAGGCAAGGUGAAAUGGAGACACCAGUAGUUUCAGUGCAUCUGCAUCAGCUGAUGAAAGUGAAGUAGAUGAAAUGUCAUCUGGAGAGGAAUAUGUUCCCUGUUCUGCAUCUGAUACUGAAACAGACAGUGAACAGGAACAUUCAGUCAGUAGUCCACUGGAUGAGUCAACAGCAUGUGUCAAAACGACACUGAGUGCAACCAUAUAUGAUCAGUCUGUUUCCAUGGACUGCACAGAAAUUGACAAUACAACAUCAAACACAACACAAAACAUCGCCAGUUGUUCAAAAGCCAGUAUCGCUAAAGCUGGCCAGAACUUCUGCUUCGUUUGUGGAAAAGCACAAUCAAAAAUCACACGACAUUUUAAAGUACAUGCCCAAGAAAACAUGGAAGUAGCUCAGGCACUUAGCUUACCUGUUGGAUCCAAAAAAAGAAAACAACUUUUGGAAAACCUGAGAAACCGAGGCAACUUCAAACACAACAAUAAUGUCCUUAAAAAAGGAGAAGGUACAUUAAAAGUUAAACGACGAGCAGUUAAACGCACAGGUUUAAUACACAACAAUUAUGAGUAUUGUUUGCACUGUAAGGGAAUGUUUGUGCGCCAGGAACUUUGGAGGCACAUGCGACGAUGCAAAUGCAAACCAGCAAAAAAACACGCGGCUACUGAAGGUAGAGAGAGGAUUCUUGGUAUUGCAGGGGUGGCAAAGUCCGCAUUCUCUGGAAAAAUUGAUGACGGGUUAAUGAAAUUAUUGAGUCACAUGAAUGAAGAUGAAAUCGCACGUGUGGUGAGAAAUGAUUUUGGGCUUCUUCAAUUUGCUCAAUCUCAGUAUAAUCGGCAUGGAUUUCAAAAAACGAAGCAUGAGUAUAUACGCCAAAAAGUUCGUGAACUGGGAAGAUUCCUACUAACAUUGCGCAAAAAAUGUCCAUCUGCCACUUUGGAAGAUGCCAUGAAUCCAGCAAAUUUUAUGAGUGUCAUACAAGCAGUUAAAGAAACUGCAGGAUUUCACAAAAGCACACAUUCUUAUCAAUCUCCAAGCCUAGCUUUAAAAAUUGGACACUCCCUCUUAAAAGUUAGUGAAAUUCUCCACUGUCAUGCUCUUAUUGGUGAGGACGCAGAGUUGGCACACAGUGCACAAUCGUUCCAGAAACUGUAUAAAACAAAGUGGUCAGAAUGUAUAUCUCACACAGCAUUAUGCACCAUCAGUGACGCAAAAUACAACAAGCCCACCAAAUUGCCACUCACUCAAGACAUCGAAAAGCUUAACAGUUAUCUACAAAGAAGUGCAGAAUCAGCCUUCCAGGAACUUGGCCAAAAGACAUCGGAGCACAACUAUACAUGUCUCGCGAAGCUAACACUGACCAGGAUAAUCCUUUUUAAUAGAAGACGUGCUGGAGAGGUCUCCAAGAUGCCUCUAAAAAAUUUCCUUCAAAGAGACGAGUCGUAUGCUUUUGAGGAGCUGGGACUUUCAGCAUAUGAGAAGCGAUUGUGCAAAUAUUUCAGAAGAGUUGAGCUGAAAGGAAAGCGAGGACGAAAAGUUGCUGUUCUGCUUACACCGGACAUCACUAAAGCUCUGGAACUGCUUGCUGAGAAGCGGAAAGAAUGUGGUGUUCCACACGAUAAUGAAUUCCUCUUUGCAAUACCAAAGUGCACUAGCUAUUACAGAGGUCAUGACUGUCUUAAAAGAUUUGCUGCUGAGUGUGGAGCAACUCAUCCACAGUACCUGAGAUCCACACAACUGAGGAAACAAGUGGCAACGACUUCCCAAAUUCUGAAUCUAAAAAAUAAUGAAAUGGACCAGCUAGCAGACUUUUUAGGCCACAAUAUUAAUGUGCAUCGUGAAUAUUAUAGAUUACCUGAUGCAACAGUUCAGGUGGCCAAAAUUUCGAAACUGCUUCUAGCCCUUGAACAGGGUAAACUGCCUGAACUAAGAGGAAAAACUCUUGAUGAAAUCAGAGAUUUUACAGAUGAGGAUGACGAUCAGGAUGUUGACAGUGAUGAAGACACCAAUGGAGCCAGACCUCUGGAGCUUAACACAGAGACUAAUGCUCAAAAUGCAGAUCAAGUCAGCAGAACAGCUACUUCAUAUACUGAAGUUAAAGAGCUUGACAAGCAAAAGAAAAAAAAGGACAUGUGA